AUGGCACAGUCAGAGACCUUUACCAUCAGGACUCCCUGCUCGUCCGCCAAUAUUGGCCCUGGCUUCGACGUCAUUGGCCUCGCCCUCUCCAUCUACCUCGAGCUCACCGUCACCAUUGACCGCUCCAAGACCUCGUCUGAGCUGCCCCUCAACUGCCGUAUAACCUACGAAGGCGAGGGUGAGAACUCGGGAGACAUCUCGCUUGACCCUCCAAGAACCUCAUCACUCGCGUCGCCCUCUACGUUCUCAGGUGCAAUGGCCAACGCGCCUUCCCCGUCGAAACACAUGUUCACAUCAAGAACCCAAUUCCCUCGGCCGUGGCCUGGGAGCUCUGGCGCUGCUGUCGUAGCCGGUGUUAUGCUUGGAAAGGAGGUUGGUAGCCUUCAUCAUCUCGACAACGACCGGUUAUUCGACUUCUGCUUGAUGAUCGAAAGGCAUCCCGACAAUGUCGGCGCUGCGCUAUUUGGAGGCUUCGUCGGCACCUACCUAAAGCCCCUGUCGCCCGAGGACGUUGCCCGCGUUGAGAUCCCCCUGAGCGAGGUCCUCCCCGAACCUGCCGGCGGCGUUGAUACCGGAAAGAGCCCGCCGGAGCCUCCCUUUGGCAUCGGCCACCGAAUCAACUUUCCUUGGGCAAAGGAGAUUAAGGCCAUCGCCAUCAUCCCCGACUUCGUCGUCGCCACACACGACGCCCGUUCCGUUCUUCCCAAGGACUAUUCCCGUGCCGAUGUGACUUUUAACCUCCAGAGGAUAGCCCUGCUUCCCGUCGCGCUCGGCCAGUCCCCUCCCGACCCGGAGCUCAUCUACUUGGCGAUGCAAGACAAGAUUCACCAGCCCUACCGAAGCACCCUCAUCCCAGGCCUAGGAGAGAUCGUCAGCUCCAUGUCCCCUCCACGCAACCGGGAUUCCUCGGUUGCUGAAAUCGCCAACAAGAUCAUUGCUAUAUUAAAGAAGUCUAACCCCAAGCCCGACUUGGCUUGCCAAUGGCGCAUCCUUGAGCCUGCCAACGGCACCGAGGUCAUCAGUACUCCUAGUUGCAAUAAUGUGGUUAUCUUUCACAUACGACCAAAGCCUGCUGAAAACACGCGAUCCCGUCCGCUCUCGCCUAGUUAA